ACGGGUCGAGAACAGGAACUGGAUUUUGAUUUGUUUAGAGGGAACUUAUUUCUUCCUCUCGAUUUCAACUUCCAUUUGUCAAUAUCAUAUAUAUAUAUAUAUGCAUAUAUAUCUCCCGUCCCGUCUUUUACUUUGAUUUCCCAGCAUUCGUUGAAGAGAACCAAAGAAGAAAUUUGGGGAUUAGGGUUUUGUCUCCCCCCCCCCAUUCAAGUUGGGAACUUUAUUUUUGGGAUAAUCUUGGAGUUGGAAAUCAUGAGGAGAAAACUCGACACCCGUUUCCCAGCGGCUCGGAUUAAGAAGAUAAUGCAAGCUGACGAGGAUGUCGGGAAGAUUGCAAUGGCCGUCCCCCUUCUUGUUUCCAAGGCUUUGGAGCUGUUCUUGCAAGACUUGUGUGACCGUACAUACGAUAUAACUCUCAAGAGAGGAGCGAAAACCGUGAAUUCCUUGCAUUUGAAGCAAUGUGUCCACACAUUCAAUGUCUUCGAUUUUCUUAGGCAUAUUGUCGGAAAGGUUCCUGAUUUGGGUAGCUUGGAAGCAGCCGAAGAGGAUCGUUCUGCUACCAAAAGAAGGAAAGUUGAUGAUGAAGGAAACUUCAGCGACGAAGAGAUAAAGACGCCGAAAGUGUAUGAGGUUGGGCAAACUGGUGGAUGCAGAGGAAGAGGAAGAGGCAGAGGGAGAGGCCGGGGACGUGGUGGCGGGAGAAUGGGUAGUGGGCAGAACCAGAAAUACGUAGACGAUGUCGGAGACAUGUCUCCUCUCCGUGAAACCCGCAGCCCGUCGCCUGAGAAAACUGAAUCCAUGCAGGCACAAGACUCUACCGAGAAAGCUCAGGCCUGGAAUCACAGUAACUCAGAACUAAAAGUUAGGAAUUUCGAUCUGAAUGUGGAAUUAGACGAGAACGGAGACUCCACUGAGCCACAACCAAAGCUCGAGGAAUACCCGAGUUCACCGCUCUUGGGAAUCAACGAGAUCAAGAUCGAUCCCGAACAACUGGCUAGGUUUAACAAAGGGUUAGACAUGGAUGAGGAGGAGGAUUAUGAUGAAGAAAGCUGAGAACAUGCAAACAUUGUCUUUGUAGUCAGAACCAGACACAACUAGUUCAGGCAUUGAGCAGCAGGUGAAAUAGGUGAAGACAAACCUAUAGGAACUGACAGUAGAAGCAUUGUAGAAGACUUCUUUUGAUUCCUUGUAUGUAUUUGGUCAGCUUUUCGUCGAAACUAACCAAUAGUUUCUUCUCGGCAUCUCCAUCAUCAAUCUGUAUCAUCAAAAGCUUGAAAUACAAUACAAUGGUUCUUCUGGGUAUUUCAAAGAUGAUUAUGUGA